AUGCCCAUCUUCCAAGACGAUUUCGAUAGCCAUCAUCAUCUUCCUACCCAGCCAGCUCUGCAAGAGUCGCUUUCUUUCAGGCCGACUUCUCCGAUCCCAAGCCAUCUUUCCCACCAGAGCUUAACAGCAGAACUCUGCGAGGGGCUCGUCAGUGACAGCCCGAGACGACCUUCCACCCCGGGAAUUGACGACGAUGCUGCUGCCAUCUCUUCUCGGGCGGAACUGAUCGAGAGGUUAAAAAAGGGGGAGAGUCCGACAUGGAUUCCGAACCGCCAUCUCGAGUCCAUCUUCCAGCGUCGCGGCAGUCCAGCCGGACGCCACGCCAGCUCACCCGACUUCCAGAGACUACCGUCUGCGGUGCAGAUGACACCAGGGAAAGCAGACAACGUGGCGACGACCCUGGCGGUCGAGCGACUGCAGGAAGGACUGAGUAUCGGACGGCCCAGGUCGGCAUUGCACAGUGGAGACUUCACCAACAGCCAUGCAGGGCAAGAGCGGCGUCCGAAUCGUUGCCGUGAGCGAGUCGGGAGCCAACUGGCACCCGCUGCGCCCUGGAUCGCGACAUCGCCACCUCUGGACUUUGCAUCCCUUGGUUUCGAAACAAGCAUGCCCUUCCACGGCGACCCGGGAAGCUUCCCAUCCGUUGCCGCCUCGCCGCUUUCGUCCUCCCUCUCGUCCAGUUUCGCAUAUCAUCCACCCACCAGCCCGCUGGUUCAGUCGGAAAGCAAUGAAGAACUCGACUUUCCCAAGGCGUCCUCGAGCCUCGAUCUGUCGUCGAGAGAACUCGACGGAAACCUGCGCGGCCUGGGCUCGUUCAGCUCGACGCCGUUCGCUUCGCCGUCAACGAGGCCGUCUGUGACCAGUUUGGGACUCCAUCCCGGCAGGCGUGAGCCCUAUCAAGCUCACCAGCCCCGGAGGUCCUUGGCGUCGAUACCCAGCUUCGGCGCACAAGGGGCGAACCAGCAGUCACCUGCGCUGUUCCGUGCCAGGAGACCUUCAAUCGGCUCAGACCCGUCCCCUCUCCACAACGCAUCCAUGGUCGGGUCGUAUGAGGAGAGCAUUCUGCGGGGACGAAUGUCUACGACGCCGUCAAAGCCCUUUGACUUCCUCGCGCAAAUCGGAGUCUUGGGCAAGGGCAAAUGCAAGCCUAGCCUUCGCUGCCCGCCUCAUGUAACCCUUCCAUUCGCGGCAGUGUACUACAGCUACGGCGGCACUUCACACGGCCGGUCGCUUUGCGACGAUGGCCCAAGCCCAUACGUGGGCCAGAUUGACCUGGAAAACGGGCUCUCCAACUCGGAGGAGGAGUCGAGAUCCAAGAGAAAAGCCCGCGGUCGGUAUUUUGACCAGAAGCCAGCCAGCGUCGCAGAGUCCGCGGACGUCAUGAUGCCCGACUCCUCCGAUCCCGAGGAUCGACCCAGGCCGUCUCGACCAAAGCGUCGGAUGGGUUCUCCCAGGACGCCCCCCGGCGGCAGCUACCGUAUCCCCGAAAAGGGCCAGGUGCAAAUCAUCAUCAAGAACCAGAACAAGACGGCCGUGAAGCUAUUUUUGGUGCCCUACGACUUGUCGGGCAUGGAGGCCGGAACCAAGACCUUUAUCCGGCAACGCAGCUACUCCACCGGGCCCGUCAUCGAGAACGUCCCCAACCCGAGCGAGACGGACGCCCAGAGCCGACCCAUGCUCCGCUACCUUGUCCACCUGCACAUCUGCUGCCCGAGCAAGGCAAGGUUCUAUCUCUACAAGGGCGUACGGGUCGUUUUCGCCAACAGGGUUCCCGAGGGCAAGGAAAAGCUGCGGAUCGAGACGACGUGGCCGGAGCCCAGGUUCACGCCGUACAAGCCCAUCAGGGUGAUGCGUCCACCCGUCGCCAUGACCUCCGGGCCCGGCGCCUUGCUGGCUGCCGAAAAGGCCCGCCGCAGACGCAGCCUGGGCGUGUCGUUUGGGGCCGCCGCGCCAUGCCGCGCGUUGGACACGGCCGACGGCCUGGAACUCGCCGGCAGCGGGAGCGCGCUGUCCAUCGAGCCAGUCCCCUUCCGGCUGCCCUGCCGAGAGCCUCAUGCGGACAGCGACGCAAGCGACUCGGCGGCAAGCUACCCAGCUGCCGGCCUCCGGUCCCUUGCCUCCUCGCAGGCCAGCCGGCCCUCCACCAAGGACUCGGCAGGUAGAGACGCGGGCCUGUGGGAUGCGAGCGGCGGCCUGCCCUACGAAAAACUCAACCGGGGGGAUUUCGGCUACGGCGGCCAUGCUUUUUCAGCGUUUGCCGGAACCGGCACGCCCGGCGGGACCGAGGGGCUCUUGUCGCGACGCCUGCGCUCGUUGGGGGUCAACAGGCCGCAGCCGCCGGAAUCGGCCGAAGAGCUUGCUUAA